AUGGACCCGAACUCAGUGUCCGAGUUAGAGAAAAUCAACCAAAGUGCCGUUGAAAAUGCAGGCGAUGUGACGAAAGAGGAUUACUAUUCAAAAGAUAAUAACCCAUUUCGAAGACAGUCUUUUAUAGUACUCGGCACAUUUUUGUUGUCACUCAGUGCGGGUGCAACGGCGGGGUUUUCUGCAGUCCUGAUCCCACAAUUACAACACGCAAAGGGUCAUAAAAAAUACUCUAUCGAGAUGGUAUCUUGGGUAGCGGCUAUUUCGUCCCUAGCUUUGUUAUUCGGCAACAUGAUUUCGGGAUAUCUAAUGGAUAGAUUGGGUAGAAGAUCAUCUCAAAUGCUACUUUCGUUGUUUUAUAUUGGAGGAUGGACAACAAUAGCAAUAGCGACUAAUAUACAUUUAAUUUUGUUUGGAAGAUUUAUAACCGGCUUUUGUCAGGGAUGGUUGGGUCCACUUGGGCCAGUUUUUGUGGGAGAAAUAAGUUCGCCAGCAUAUAGAGGUUUGUUCCUAGCAAGCUUGUCAUUGAGUAUUGCUUUCGGAGUGUUCAUGUCACAUUUAUUUGGAACUUUGUUGCACUGGAGUUAUGCAUCUUUGCUUUGUGGAAUUUUUCCUCUAGUUGGAUGCAUUAUAUUGUAUUAUGCUCCAGAAUCACCAGCGUGGUUAGCCUCCAAGAAUCAAAUAGACAAAUGUAUUACAUCAUUCCAAUGGUACAGAGGUACUGGACCAUCUAUGAAGGAAGAAUUAGAUAAAAUGAUAUUAGAACAAACAAAGAAAGUCGAUAAAAGAAGCAAGAUUGAAACCUUGACAACGAACAUCAGGAAACCCGAGUUUUGGAAACCUUUAUGUAUAAUGCUAAUGUUUUUUGCAAUAACUCAACUCUCAGGGAUAAACGUCUUUUGUGCUUACACAACUGAGAUUAUGGAAGUUUUAUUAGGUAGUAAAACUAACACAUACGCCGCCAUGUUGGGAAUAGAUAUUUUGCGAUGCGUGGCUCUAGUUACAGCCUGCAUCAUGCUAAGAAGAAUGGGCCGAAGACCGAUUGCAAUAUUCAGUGGAACCUUUACAUCGUUAUCCCUUAUAGUCUUAUCAAUUUAUUUAUAUUUAGUGGAAAUUAAUGUUAUAAAACGCGUCACUCCUGUAAUAUCAUUAGGAUUAACAGCAGUGUAUAUUGUUGUGUCAAACAUAGGUAUAGCCCCCCUUCCUUGGAAUAUGGUCGGAGAAGUAUUUGCAUCGGAAACAAAAGGCAUAGGUUCAGGUUUAAGUGUUAUGAUGACGUUUAUUGUACUAGGAAACUGCAAAACUGAAAUCAAUGAUUUAAAUUAUUCUAAAUUGAGCUUUAUAAACGCAGCAACAAUACUAGCAGAUUAUGGUAAGAAUACUUGCGUCCUGGAGCGGUUUACAGCAGUGGUCGAAUAA